AUGCAAAUUUCUCUCUUCACAGUGGCCCUCAUGGCCAUCAGCGGGGUGUCGUCCCCCGUAGGCGGAACCCCAUUCAGCCCAAGCUACAACUGGCAGACCACCUAUGAAGUCCUUGCCGAUGCUACCAAGUGCGCUUGCGAUAUGUAUAAGCAGCGAAACACUGGUGGUGAGAUGUGGGACACGUGCCCUGAUUGUACUUUUGAUGGAACAAUAUGCAACUCGGCAGAGGGCCACAUGGGUGGCGAUGAGUUUACGUAUUACUGCGAAGAGAAGUGUGGCGCUCAGGGUGCCGAGGCUGAUUAA